AUGGAUGAGAAGAGGGCGAUCGCAGAUCAGCAGACGGGUGCCGACAGCAAUGAGCUCGUGGCAGCGUUUGUGGUCAUUCGCAGUUUACUUGGCGGGGUAGACAAGGUCAUCGAUUGGGGUUUGUUGGCUCGCUUAUUUCCGACAGUCGGACUACCAUCUCUGCGACGUUUUUGGGCCAGAAUUCGCAAAGAAAAAGCAUCUUUCCUCUCGAAGGCGACGCAAGACUUCCAAGAAAGUUUAAUCGCCGCAAUCCAAGCCGAUGAGAUAGCCAUCCCAGAUUACGAGCGACCACUGGAUUAUGAUUGGGAAGGCCUUAUUCGGUGGGCUAUGAGGCACCCCAAUCAGGAGCAGCUGCAUCUUCCCCGCUUAAGAGAAAAGUUUCAUCAAGAGUUCAAACUCGACGACGAUGCCAACAACAGCGAAGAUUGGAAGGAGAAGUUCUUCCACCCGCAAUCCUCAGUAUACUCCCGUUUUGAGGCCGCUACCCUUCAGCCUGGGUCACUGACUAUCGCGGAAGUCACGCAGCAGUCUAAAGUACAGCCGACACUUGGCACCGUUGAUAUUGCUCGAUCCUGGAUCCGUUCACUUUGCUGUACCAGCGAAACUGAAUACACCCCUCAAGAUGUCAAGGAGAGAUUUUCUAUGCUCUCACAAGAUACGUCGCAGCGAAACAAUCUGGUUCUGAAGACAGCCAUUGAGCAGCUGACUAGAGAGAGAGUGAUUUGCAAGAGCAAGCGGGCACCGUUUGGCGGACGGCCAUACAAGUUACAUGAAGGCUAUACUUCUGUUCUCGCAAAGGUUGCACACAGACAAAAGUAUCUUGACGCAGUUGCUUUCAAAAAUGACCUCGACAAAGCUUUCCAAACUACCAACGAACGAAUAAGAAUAACAGCAGCAACCGUCCCCAACAUACCAUUUGGCUUUGAACCGGGCAACUAUGAAAGUCGCAAAUAUCCGAAGUCGUAUUACCACAUGGACUUGGAUAUUCAGUCUACCCAAUCAUAUUUAUUCAACGAGGAUAUCGAUAUACUUCAAGUCGCUCAACGGGUUGGUCCGCCGAGGGAGGGCCGAACUAGAGAGAUCCCACAGUGGGUUGACUUCUUUGGCAAGCUUGAUGAGCAGAGGUGGGCAGAUAUUCUGGGUGCCGUCUGCUUCGCGUUCAAUACGAGAGGCGUCAUGUCCGUCAAAGGCAUGUGUGAUGCCAUCGCGCCAAUACUGGACGUUUUCGAAGCGCAACUCAUUGUUUCUUGGGGCCUUGAGACUGGAGUUUUCGCUAGAGCGACACAUCGUUCAAAUAUAACACUUGGAGAAUGGUGGUGGCUGGUUGCCCAGCGUCUGUGGAAUUGA